AUGUUGCAUCUCAAUAAUAGUCAGCCACAAGAGACAUAGUAACAACAACAACAGAAAGAAACAAAAAAGAGGAGAUCUGUUCAAUGGACUGAAGAUACUGUUGACAACGAAGACCUUGGAAGACUCAAAUCAAAUAUUUGUUGUAUUUAUCAUAAGCCACAUGCUGAAGAAUCGGAGAGUUCAGAUACUUGCACAAGUGACGAUGAGAUCAAUGCCAUAGAAAGAGAUAAAUAAUCAAAAUUGAGACACAAGAUGAAAUGUUCCAAACUAAAUAAGAAGUGUUGCUGA